AUGGCAUCCUCUAAAGAAAUUGCAGAAGCCAGAGAUGUACCUAGUCUCGUGGGGACCGCAUUGAGUAUGGCAGUUGCUUUAAAGAAAGACCAUGAAGCUAGUUUACCAGGAGUGGGGUUCAUGCCGCAUAUCCUUGAUGUUAAAGCUGGAGAGGGAAGAUUUGAGAUCUUAUAUCUUUGUGGUUCAUUUAUGGUUUGUGAGAGUGAUGGGCAAAGAAGCAGGACUGGUGGUUUAAGCGUGUCACUUUCAGGUCCAGAUGGUCGUGUUUUAGGUGGUAAUGUGGCUGGCCUUCUAACUGCUGCAUCACCCGUUCAGAUGAUUGUUGGUAGCAUUGUUCCUGCAAGUUAG